AUGGCCGCCUCCGUCCACGACCGCGACCGCGUAGAUGACCCCGGUCGCCAUCAACCCGGUCCCAGUCGAUCUCCAUCCAGCACCCCGUUGCCAACUCCCAGCUCAUCUCAGGUCCGCAUCGCGGACCCGACAAAGCCGCGCAGCCGAAAGGCCUCCCAGGACAACGUCGACAUGCUCGACGUCUCUGAUCCCUGGGGCACCACAUGGCACCACCAGUCCCCCUACGACGCUGGCACACCCGUCACCCCCUCCGCCCCAGACCCCCCAGAGGGCUCGCGUUCACGCCUCUCGAGCAUAAACGCCCCUCCAGGCCGUCACAAGACAGUCACGCCCUCCCCACUAUCCCAGUCCACGUCCGCCCUCCAUCUCCAGGUGCAGGAACCCACCGCCCACACCGUGCCACGCAAACUGAGCAAACGCCGGAAACCUGUGCUCGGAAGCCUCUUUCACUCGGAAUCAAACCAGCCCGCUGACGACGGUCCCCCUUCCGCUAAUGCCGGCUUGAACGGCCUGCCCCGGCGCCACUCCACCAUCGCACCCACCGUGCCUCCGUACGCGUCCUCUGCCGCGCUGUCGAUCCAGUCGACGACGACAAAGGCCGAACGACGCGGGAGCGUGCUCGGGCGUUUGCGAAAGAGCCGCAGAUAAUAUCGACGCCGACGGCGACAGCAAUCGCGCCGGAGAUCGCAGGUCCCGUCGGCGCUCUAUAUUGCCCGGUCCGCGUCCGCCGCCAGAGCACCCAGAGAAGGUGGUAGAGAAGAGAAAGAGCGCUGUUUCAUCGAAACAAAAACGCGUACCACCGCCCGCGCUCGACCCCGAGCUGGCUGCGGAGCUCGAGUCCUCGUCGGCUUCAGCCUCAGCAUCGCGCUUUCUCGACGACGAAAAGGACGACCAUCACUCGCUAAUCUCCUUUGACCCGCCCGAGAUCUCACCGAUCGGCCAGCUGAGGAUCGCCAAUCCAGACGCACCUAGCUCAGGGGCGCCGACGCCCGUCAAGCACAACGUGGCUUUGCCCGCCGAUGCCCCUUCUCCUGUUCCUGUUCCAGAAGUCAGGCGACUCGCCUCGGAGGGCCAGGAGGACGCGUCGCCGCCUCAAGGCGUGUCUACAGCCCAGACCCCCGGCCCGCCUCCGCCUCCGAAGCUGCCUCCCCAGCAGGACCAGCCGCACCGCGGUAUCGCGCGCGUUAACGCUGUCCAGUCGCCCCCUGCCGCCGCUGUCGCUUUCCCGCCCCCAACCCACCCCGUACAGAUCCCACCUCGGUCGUCCACAUCGCCGACACAGCCUUCGCACCAACAGCAACAAAGAUCGCCCCCGAAC